AUGGCCUCGCGUGGACGAGUACGGCUGCCUCCUGAGGUUAAUAGGAUAUUAUAUGUGAGGAAUCUUCCGUACAAAAUAAAGCCGGAUGAGUUGUAUGAUGUUUUUGGUAAGUUCGGUUCCAUUCGGCAAAUACGGAAGGGAAACGCUCCUGGCACUAAGGGAACCGCAUUCGUUAUCUACGAUGAUAUUUAUGAUGCGAAGAAUGCAGUAGAUCACCUCAGUGGCUUCAACGUGGCGGGACGGUACUUGGUGUGUCUCUACUACAGCGCUACACGCCUCCAGAAGAAGCUGGAUACGCAGGGCCAGAAAGAGGAGAUAGAGCGACUAAAGCGAGAGCAUAAUCUCGAGUAG